AUGGCGACGGGACGCGGCCGGCUACUGCAACAGCACUGGCGCGGGCUCCAGGCGCUGCGUUUGCCGCCUGGCGGCGUCGGCGCGGCCCCCGGGCCCGCCGGGUUCAGCCUGCGGCAGUGCGCCGGGCGGGGAAGGCUCCGAGCCGAGUCCACGGCUGAGCGGUCUGUGUCCCUGGACAGCAUGCCUUCAGAAGUGUUGCUGAAGAUCUUUUGCAACUUGGAUGCUGUGACCCUGCUGUGUACGGGAUGUGUGAAUAGGCGCUUUUAUCAUCUGGCCAAUGACAAUUUUCUUUGGAUCAGGAUCUAUUCAGCGGCCUUUUCACCUAAAAGAUCUAAUUGGAAAGUUAAUUCAGUGGAGAAGACCACUGGAUCUGUGAACGUGCUGUCGGUUAAGGAUAAAGAAGCUGGGUACUGGAAGAAAGAGUAUAUUGCAAAGCAGAGAGCACGUGUGAGAGCAGCGCUCGCCCAGGUGCUCAAGCCUGUGAACCCUUACACGGGCCUGCCGGUGAAGACCAAGGAGGCCGUCAGAAUAUCUGGUUUAGGUUGGGUAAUUAUAUUGAGAGAAAAAAAUGGAAAAGAAUACAUCAUGGAGCACAUUGACCUUUCCAUAAAUGACUCAUCAGUGACGAUUAUGUGGUAUGGCAAAACUUGGCCCCGGCUGGCCACAUUGUCAACUCUAGAUUUGUGUGGUGUGACGCCAGUUUUUAUGGACCAGUCUAAAACCCCCUCCAAAAAUGGACCUCGGUGGCAUUCUUUAAUUGCAAAGUACAAUCUGAGUAACUUAACCGAAUCCACCAUGAUUGGCGGGGACCGACUCCUUCGGAUCUUCUGCCUCUGCCCAGGCCUGCUGGUGGGGCUGUGGAAGAGGGAGGAAGAACUGGCUUUUGUUAUGGCAAAUCUUCAUUUCCAUCAGCUUGUGGAGAAGAGCACAUUAGGCUCCGCCACCGUCCCCUACGAGCUACCUCCUCAUACCCCCCUUUUGGAUGACAACCCAGAGUAUGGACUGCAUGGCUACCAACUCCAUAUUGAUAUGCACAGCGGUGGAAUUUUCUACCUGUGUGGUACAUUUCGCAAUCUCUUUACCAAGAAAGGGUACAUUGAAGAUGGAUAUGUGAAGAUUGUUGUUAUAAGUUUUAAAAAUAACACAGAACACCUACCUCUUAUUGGGAAAGUUGGCCUCUCUUGGAGAACUGAUAUUUUUGAUGGCUGUAUAAAGAGUUGUUCUAUAAUGGACAUAACUCUUUUGGAUGAAUAUGGGAAACCGUUUUGGUGUUUCAGUUCUCCGGUUUGCAUGAGGGCUUUGGGGCCCUCUGACGGUCCCAGCUUCUUGGGACAGACUUCCUGUGUUGACUAUGUGGACUCGGAAGGAAAAGUGCACGUGGAGCUGGUGUGGAUCAAGGAGACCGAAGAGUACUUCAUCGUCAGCCUGGUCCUGUACCUGAGGAUAGCGAAAAUAAACCGCUGGUUUGGGACGGCAUACUGA